ACUUAAUUUUAUAAAUAUAAAAUUAAAUUAUGAGUUAGUGAUAAAUGUAAUUUGAAAGGUUGCAGGAAAGGCAAACUUUUGAGUUUCUGUUUUUAUUGCCUUUUUUCUAUUUCAUAUGAAAUUAAUAACGUUUUUAGGGUUUAAGGGUUUUACCAAUCAUAAAUAAAACCUAAAAUGCCUUAAAAAUCACUGCAAUGUUUUCCCUUAAUUUUGGAAAGGCUCCUAAGUUGGUAUCACUGCACAUAGAUAAAAAAUCAUUAAAACCAUAGUCAGCUCGUUGAACGAGGGCUUUAUAAUUAUUUUUAAAUUACAUAUUUAAAUAAACCAUUAAUUGAAAGGAAAUGUGUAAUAAAAUGUAUUUCACACCUUUCAAAAUUAGUUAUGUACAGUAAGAAAUAUCUUUAAUUAUUCUUGAUUAUCUAUGUCGUUUACCGGUCAUUUUAAACAAUCUAUUGAUCUGUCAAAGUUUUAGCGGCAAUUAUAAAUUUACGAUUUACUUUGCAAAUAUUAAAAAUGAUCAGCGAAAACGAUUCACUCGAUUCAUUAAAAUUACGACUAAAAUCUGUUACCAAACAGAAAUUGUCUAAAGAGCGGGACGUGUUACAACUGCGUAAUAAAGAACGAUCUCUAACAGACGAGCUCCAUGCCACGAGAGCUGAAGUGGACCAGCUCACAGAGUGUCUUGAGCACUUGAAGAAUCAAAUAGCACAAAGUAAGCACCAGAUUUCGUUGAUAGAAAUGUGUAAGGUGUCAGAAGAUUUGAAGAUUGGAGCACAUAUCGAUGUUCUCAAUGAGCACCUGAAAGGUUUCCAGCAACUGUUUGAUAGAGAACAAAAGGAAUUAGAGAUGCGUAUCAAAGAACAACAAGAGAAAGAAGCAAAACAGCUAGAAGAACUGAGAGAACAAGAGAAGAAGUUAGCAGAAGAAAACGAACGGCAGGAUAGAGAAGUUGCAGCAAUCGAAGAAGAAUGUGAAGCUAUCGAGAAAGAAUGCGCAGUGUUAAAAAAACGAAACAACGCUAUCAUGUUAAAAUUGAGAAAAAGAUUGAUCGAGGUUGAAAAUGCAAGACGCGAAGUAAUGAAGAGGAACAAUGUUGUCCAGAUGACCGACAACAACGACAAUAACUAAUAAAAAAACUAAAAAACUCUUAUUGGCAUGUGAAAUGUGAAACCAUUUUGCUCUAUUUUCUUUUUCAGU